UACAGCUGCUUCUCCUCCCCCACCCCCCAACCCUUAACCACUCACUUGCCCUGUUUUGGUCCAAAAUAUCACUAAGCUCCAUCUUCAGCUGCUCUACAGGCAGCUGUCUGUACUCUGUAACACUAGCUAUCAUCUCAUCUCACCAUAUUCAUCCAUUAAUAAGCUUUAUUGUAGUGUACUUUCCUUUAUCUUCAAACAGAAAACACCUCUUUGUUUUUUUAUUUUUUCAUGUCUUCCAUUUUCAGCUAACCCCAUAUUGUUUAAGUAAAAAAAAAAUGUCAGCAUUUUUGAAUGAUGAGAUGUCCAAGAAAACAUCAAUUUUUGGUUUACACUUGUGGGUCGUUGUUGGAAUUUGCGUUGGAGCAGCAAUUGUUCUUGUUCUCUUCUUAAUCUCACUUUGGUACACUGCUAAGCGGAAUUCCAGCAACCCCCAAAUAAAAAACAUCUCUACGGAGAUCAAAGAGAUCCGAAUUGACCCAUCUCGGACUCUACCGGAAAACCCCAAUUCGGUUCCGGUAGCAGACCCGCUACCGGAACCUGAAAAAGAAACGACCCAGAACUCAGGUGGGUAUCAAAGAAUUCAAAUUGAGAUGGGGAAGGAGCAUAUGGUUAAGCCUGAUCGGGUCGGAUCGGGUGGUGGGUCGGGUCAUGGUAGUGGGGAGGUGCGUUCGGGUGAACAAGGUGGAAUUACUGCACCUGAGGUUUCACAUUUAGGGUGGGGUCAUUGGUAUACUCUGAGGGAGCUUGAAAUUGCUACUAAUUUUUUUGCUCAUGAGAAUGUUAUUGGUGAGGGUGGCUAUGGCAUUGUUUACCGCGGAGUUAUGGAAGAUAAUAGUUAUGUUGCUGUUAAGAAUUUGCUUAACAACAGGGGACAGGCAGAGAGGGAAUUUAAGGUUGAAGUGGAAGCAAUUGGUAGAGUACGGCACAAGAAUUUAGUAAGGCUACUUGGUUACUGUGCUGAGGGAGCUCACAGGAUGCUUGUGUACGAGUAUGUGGACAAUGGGAACUUAGAGCAGUGGCUCCAUGGAGAUGUAGGGCCAUACAGUCCUCUUACAUGGGAAAUUCGGAUGAAUAUUAUCCUUGGAACAGCAAAAGGGUUGACCUAUCUGCAUGAGGGCCUCGAACCCAAAGUUGUUCACCGUGACAUCAAGUCGAGCAAUAUUUUGAUUGAUAAGCAGUGGAAUUCGAAAGUAUCUGACUUUGGUUUAGCUAAGCUUUUGGGCUCAGAGAGGAGCUAUAUAACUACUCGGGUUAUGGGAACGUUUGGCUAUGUUGCUCCAGAAUAUGCUAGCACUGGCAUGUUGAAUGAUAGAAGUGAUGUUUAUAGUUUUGGAAUUCUUCUUAUGGAGAUUAUUUCUGGAAGGAAUCCUGUGGAUUAUAGCCGUGCUCCUGGAGAGGUCAAUCUGGUUGAUUGGCUUAAGACAAUGGUUUCUAACCGUAAUUCCGAGGGUGUUUUGGAUCCCAAGAUGCGGGAGAAGCCUUCUUCAAGAGCAUUGAAACGUGCCCUUUUGGUAGCAUUGCGCUGUGUAGACCCCAAUGCUCAGAAGAGGCCAAAGAUGGGGCAUGUUAUACACAUGCUUGAGGUUGAUGAUUUUCCCUUCCGUGAUGAGCGAAGAACUGUAAGAGAAAAUGAACGUUCACAUCAUGAUGAAAUGAAAGAGAAGGUAAUGGAUAAGCGCAUAAUUGAUACAGGUGAUAGCAAUGGAUUUGAAAGUACUGUUGAAACCAACCGAUCUUUGUUGCUGAAGAAAGAAAUUGAUGAUGAGGAGCAUCCUGGCCAAGUGGGCUAAAAGGUCAAAUUCAAACCCCCUCGUUUCCUCUACCAUUCAUUUUGAAGCUGGCGAAUGUACAUAAAAUUCACUGGUGCAAAUUCAGCACUCUCUUAAGGUUUUGUAGAGUAGCUCUUGUUGUCGUUAUAUGUAAUUGCUUUCAAUUUUGUUAAGAGCAUAGCUCUCUUUAGUAGUAUAUUAAUUAAAUUACCAUUUCACUCUUCUAGUUGGAUGCACUUUCCAAAAUGAAAAGAAAUUAUCAAAUUGUAUUUCCUUAAACCUAUGUAGCUAUCUCCUUUCACUCCCUUGGAUCAGUUAUGUCUUCAUGUGAAGAAAUGAUGGAAUUGAUUUGGAUAUAAGGAGAAAGUAGCAGUAAGAUGUACCUUA